GGGCCGGUUUUUCCCAGACAACAAGCAACUGCCAAUUGGAUUGGGUUAUUGGGAUUACGGUUUCCGGUUGGAACUGAAAACCGGAUCCAGAUUCCCAUCCCUAGUUGGGACAGAGCAUCCCAACCCAUGGAGUUGCAGCAGGGAUGAAUGAGAUCCAAGGGCUAGUAAUGGAGAUCGUGAUCUCCUUUGGGCUCGUGUACACAGUCUAUGCCACGGCCGCGGACCCCACGAAGGGAUCCCUCGGUACCAUUGCGCCCAUUGCAAUUGGGUUCGUCAUGGGCGCCAACAUUUUGGCUGCCGGCCCAUUAAACGGUGGAUCCAUGAACCCGGCCCGAUCGUUCGGCCCAGCUGUCAUCGCCGGAAACUUCACUGGAAACUGGGUCUACUGGGUCGGCCCUCUAAUCGGAGGUGGAUUGGCUGGGCUAAUCUACAGAGACAUUUUCAUUGGGUGCCACACCCCAGUCGCAACUUCCGACAGCUAUGCUUAAGAAGAAGGGGGAAAAGAUGGUAUUUGGGGCUUUUUUGCUUGGGCAUGUAACGUGUUUUGGGGCUUUUGUUAUUGGAUUUUGGGUUUGGGCCUAUGUUUGAGUAUGGGCCAAUUUGGGGAGGGGAGUGCGUUGGAAUAAGGAAGUGUAAAUUAUUCUGGGUUUGUAAAUUGUAAUUGUACUUUUUGGUUUCAAAUAUGAAAAUGUUCGGCCUUGUUCUCUUUGUGUUGGACCAAUCCAUUCACCAAACCAAAGCUCGAAAGAUUUGAGGUCCUACUAUCCUAGCGCAAUGGGCUGCUGAUACGGUUAGUAAUGAGUAACCAAAUCUCAGUCAUCAGUUUAAGUAGACUAAAAAAAUUUAGAUAUAAACAUGGAGAAUUAAAGGUAAUUUUAUUUUUCCUUGUUUUCUUAAUCAACUCAUAUCUUCUUCGUUUUAACUUGGGUUUCAAUAUUUUGUGUACAGAUGGAACGAGUUCGUUGUGAUUUACAAAAUGAGAUCCAUUUUCAAUAUUUUUUGAGAAAAAAAAUUCUUGACUCUCGUUACCAACUGCAUACCAUAUGAUAUCUUCUUCGUUUUUAAGUCGUUUUUGAAAAUUUUUGCACAGAAUGAACGAGUUCAUCAUGAUCUAUUGGAUCUACAAAUUUCUGGGUGAAAAAAAUACAAGACCAAAAAAUACCACACAAUACCACCCUGGUAUGAUGUGGUAUCUUGUGGUACACAAUAUUGAAAGUCGUAAAUGACAGUUAGUAUACUCCCACUAUCAUGCAUUCAAUCAUCCUACAGUCUUGGUAUGUUCAUACCACCAUGGUAAGCGUUUUCAUACCAUAUGGUAUGCUCUUAUUUAAUACCACUUAAUACUAUAUGGUAUAUACUAGUAAAAAAUGGCUCAAUAUUUUUUUGUUCCAAAUAUAUCAAAGUGGAUAUCAUUUUGAAGAGCACAAUUAAUAUGAUCUAACAGUGCAAAAAACAUUAAAUUCUUAAUUAAAAUGAGUGAGAAAUCAUCUAUUAAAGAUUAAGUGGAAAAAAUUAAAGACUUUCCAGUAGAGAGAAGGGACGCUAAUGUGGCAGAUGGUGAUUGGAUUAUGUAUGGUUACUCACCACAAGGUUAUGCAUGGGAUCCGUUCUUAGUGCAAUGAGACUGAAUUGACAGUUUAGGCUAGUGGAGUUCUUGAAGAUUAUGACGUCCACGUUGAUGUUCGGUUGAUAAAUUUGUCCGCAAUUGAUGUGUUAUAAUCCUAGUGUUGACGACUGAUUAUAGCGAUUUGUAUCUUGUAGAAACUUACUAUUUUUCUGGAGAAUAAGAGCGCAUCGACGGUAUCUUUAGUAUCUGAAACAAAUUCAAUAUUUAUUAAUCAAUAACAUACUGAUAUGGUUAGAAAUGAAUAACCAAAUCUCAGUCAUCAAUUUAAGUGGACGCAGAAAAUUCAGAUCUAAUCAUGGAGAAUUAAAGAUAAUUUCAUUUUUCCUUGUUUUCUUAAUUAACUCAUAUUUUCUUCGUUUUAACUCGGGUUUCAAUUUCUUUUUGCACAGAUGGAACGAGUUCGUUGUGCUUUACAAAAUGAGAUUCACUUUCAAUAUAUUUUGAGAAAAACAUUUCUUGCCUCUCGUUACCAACUGCAUACCGUAUGAUAUCUUCUUCGUUUUUAAGUCAUUUUUGAAAAUUUUUGUAUAGAAUGAACGAGUUCAUCAUGAUCUAUUGGAUCUACAAAUUUCUGGGUGAACAAAUUACAAGACAAAAAAAUACCACACAAUACCACCCUCGUAUGAUGUGGUAUCUUGUGGUACACAAUAUUGAAAGUCGUAAAUGACAGUUAGUAUACUCCCACUAUCAUGCAUUCAAUCAUCCUACAGUCUUGGUAUAUUCAUACCACCAUGGUAAGCGUUUUCAUACCAUAUGGUAUGCUCUUAUUUAAUACCAGUUAAUACAAUAUGGUAUAUACUAGUAAAAAAUGGCUCAAUUUUUUUGUUCCAAAAAAUAUCAAAGUGAGUA